AUGGUUCUUUUCCCUUUUUUCUCUCUGCAUUUAUUUCUCAUCUUUUUCUCUUUUGCUUCCUCCACAUCUUCUUCUCUCCAGUCCCAGGUGCUGCUGCCGCUUUCCCCCGCAAGCAGGCUGCAAAGGGCUCAGCAGCAGCAGCAGCAGCAGCAGCAGCAGCAGCAGCAGCAGCAGCAGCAGCAGCAGCGGGAGCAGGAGGACGAGCACUCGCACCUGCUGCUGCAAGCUGCAGAUUCUGCUGCCUUUUCGUUUCCCCCCCAAGUCUCAGGCUUUGUCCGCCUGGCCCGGUUCCUGCAAGAGGAGAGUCUGGCAGCACCAGCAGCAGCAGCAGCAGCAGCAGCAGCAGCAGCAAGGGCUGCAGCGCAGCAGCAGAAGCAGGCCAAGUGGCUCGCUGAACGCCUGGCCGAGUCCGUGAACUGGAGCCGCCUCUCCGUGGAUUCUGCUGCUCUGUCUUCAGUGUUGACUGCAGCAAAGGAGAUGGGCGAGAGCCGCGGCCGCGGCGCUGCUGCUGCUGCUGCAGCGCAGCAGCAGCAGCAAGCGCUGCUGCUGCAGCUGCUGCAGCACAGCGAAAUGCUCGCUGAUAACCUCGACCAACUCCUCGGAAUGCUCCACAGAAUCCAACGAGAAGCAGAAAAAGAAGGAGUUGAAUUUAACGCAGAGGCCUGGCGGCUGCUGGCGAGCACAGAAGACGCACUCAGCGCCGCGGGGGCUUUCGCCGAAACUCUCGACGAAGUUGCGAGCAGCGACGGCGCCAUUGCAAGUCGGGCGACGGAGGCGUUUCCGGAAACGGCUCUGCGGCUUUCGCUGGCUUUGAACGGCUUCGGAGCCGACAAAAUUGCAAAACAACUCAGCGAAGCAAUCGGAACGAAAGAACUGGCGGCUUUAUUGCAAGAUUCCUCUUUGCACCGCUUCGCUUCGCCGCGGGGCGCGCGGCGCGCGGCGGGAAGCUGA